AUGCUGUUCCUGCUACUCCCCUUGCUCGCUGCUCUCUUCCCAGGAGGGGACAGUGAAUAUGGUAAGAACUGGGGGUUUGAGGAGCCUGUCUCCUACCAUUUCCUCCAGACGUCAGCCUUUCACAACCAUUCCUGGGUACAUCUGAGCUCAGGCUGGUUGGGGGAGCUGCAGAUUCACAGAUGGAACAGCAGCUCUGAUGCCAUCAUUUACUUGUAUCCCUGGUCCAGGGGCAACUUCAGUAACAGGGAGUUGGUGGAUCUGGAAAGGUUUCUCCGGGUAAACUCCAUUGGAAUUCAGGGAUUUCACACUGAUAACUUCAUGUCUGAAGAUCCCUUUGAUCUACAGGUUGCAACAGGCUGUGAACUGCACUCUGGGAAGGGCUUCCUAGGCUUUAAGCAGGUAGCUAUCCAAGGAUAUGAUUUCCUGAGCUACCACAAUAAAACAUGGUUACCAUCUCCAAAGGGCGGAGAAGAGGCCCAGAAAGUCUGCAAACUGCUCAGUCAGAACCAAGACUACACACAGAGGAUGCAUAGGCUCCUCAGUGAUACCUGCCCGCGUUUCACCUUGGGUCUUCUAGAUGCAGGGAAGGCUCAUCUCCAGCGACAAGUGAAGCCUGAGGCCUGGCUGUCCAGUGGCCCCAGCCCUGGGCCUGGCCGUCUGCUGCUGGUGUGCCAUGUGUCUGGCUUCUACCCAAAGCCUGUGUGGGUGAUGUGGAUGCGAGGUGAGCAGGAGCAGCUGGGCACUCAGAGAGGUGACAUCCUGCCCAAUGCUGAUGGCACGUGGUAUCUCCAAGCAACCCUGGAUGUGGCAGCUGGGGAGGCGGCUGGCCUGGCCUGCAGGGUGAAGCACAGCAGCCUAGGAGGGCAGGACCUCCUCCUCCACUGGGCACCUCCUAGUGCCCUGGGCUGGAUCCUCUCGGCAGUGAUAGUGGCCCUGGCUCUUCUGGCAGGCCUUGGAUUUUGGUUUAGGAAACGCUGGACACACCGUGAAGCUCCCUGCAGUGCUGUCCCUUUGAAAUGA